UCACGCUGGUUGGAGAGUAUAAAACAGACAAACAUACUUCGAGCUUCAAUUACCAACUUAACAAUUUCCAUCACUAAAACUCGACAGAACCACACGAUCAAAAUGUCACCACGUUCAGGAGCUAUGAUGUCCAACGUCGGGAAUCCUCAGGUAUACGAAGCGAAUGAGCAAAGAACGUCAAAACAGACAGACCAGAAUCCGAAAAAGAAGUAUGAUGAGGGGCAGGAACACGCACACCUGGAUAUCGAUUCCAAAGACGAACGGAGCAUAGGCAAUAGACUAGCUGCUGCCAUCAAGCACUCACGUAGUGAAGAAUCAUUGAACCCCUUGGUGGAUCCUAACGUCAAUCCUCUUGGACCAGCCACUUCUCAUGGAAAUGAACCAUCGAAAGGAGCCAAGGUAGACGCAGAACUCAAAGCCGAGGAAGAGGAAUUAUUGAGGCGGAAGGGGAAGGCGUGAUUGUUUCUGUGACGAUCAUGUGUAAAACUCAUCUCACUUGGCAUGCUGCGCUGCAAUUGUACGCUAUAUUCAGGA